AUGCCCACAGUUUCAUCCUGGAGGGAAACUCCAAUGCCUCCAAGCCCUCCCAGAAAUUUGGCACAGCGGUCAGCAUCUGGUUUGUCCAGCCUAUGGGGAAGGCUUGAGGAUCAGAUCUCAGACUCCAAGGCCAUCAGUGAGCAUGUCAUCAGCAUUUCACUUGCAUCGGAUGUAGAGGUACCACUCAAAUAUCGUACUCCAACCAGUACCACUGCCUCCAUUGUGCCAUCAUCAGUGAAAGCUGGGGAAUCAAACAAAAUGAUUCAUACUGGAAUUCCAGUGGCUGCCACACCUGGGCCAUCACCAAUGACCCAGGAAAACGUGAAGGCUCUGCAAUUGCAGAUGCUGCAAUCUGAUUUACAAGUCCCCAAGGCACCACUCCCAUUGGAGAGUUCGGCGGUCCCCACACCUGGUGCUUCCACUUCAUUGUACCAAGCCAUCGAGUCUUAUGAGCUUCCUGAAAAGGAUCAAGAACUUAGCAAAACAGACAUCAACUUGAUGAUCCUGUUAGCUCAAUCUGAGGACUUCAACGAAGCUGACUACCACACCUUGUUGGUAAAACGUUUCGAACGUACACCACAUGAGGCAUACUUACUUGCAAAGAUGGCAGCAGCAGGGCCAAGGGCAUAG